GCUCAUUUGUGUCCAAUGGCGGCCGUGGUGGUGCAGGCGGUAGUGGGGUGCAGGCGGUAGCGGCGCCGCCGAAUCCGCCCGUGGGAAGAGGGCACCGGCGGCUGCACCGAAGCUAUCCGUGCAUCCAGAUGUUGUGGUGGUGGUGGUAGCUGUUCUGGCGGCGGCGUGGGGAUGGAGGAGGGCGCGGCGGGCGGAGCUGGAGGUCCAGGACGACGUUGCAGGCUGGCGGGCGGAGGCUCGACAGGCUCCCAGAGCUCAGGAGGAAUCGCCACGUCGCCGUCGUCUUCCUGCAGAGGCACGGAGAGACUUGCAUGUUGUGUGCCCUCCCGAACCGUGCAUGGUGUCGUAUCCUUUGGUACCGGUUCAGAUGGAUCGAAUGUCCAAGGCGACGUGGGCGUCGCGGUGGGCCAGGGCUCUCGCGCUGGGGUAACGAUGAUCUCGGGGGGGUUGAGCCUCUGAGCCACACACACACACACAGCACAAACAAAUGUUUCGAUGAAGUCUGUCUGUUUACUUUGAGCGCCAGCAACUCCUCCCGAUACACGUUGAGCUCCAUGCUGUGGACAUGCACCCACGCACGCGACACACGGGUGAACGCAUGUGUGCCAAUUCGAGUGCACCCACUUACAUGAGCAGGUCAUUCUUCAUUUGGCUCUUCUCGAGUCUCGCCUGCAGGUCCACCUGCUCCGUCGCGCACCCCUGAGUGAACACACGAUAGGCACGCCCACACACAGCAUUCCCUCACUCGUGUCAUUCGUGUGUUUAUGCUUCUGUGCUGGCUGAGUAGAUAAGUCGACUUACAUCCCUCUCGUCGAUCUGCUUCCUUAGCCGCGAGAUGUCCCUCUCUGCCUCCUGCACGUAGCGAAGGAAGUGCCUCGUCAGGUCGUCAAUGACACGUGACCUCAUGGCGUCCUUCGUCUCGUACUCGGCCCUCUCGGUCUCGAGCCUGUCUUUCUCUACGGGCCUACAGCACAAGCAUGCCAUCUUCUGCUUGGAAUUCUAGAUCUUUGCUGCGCUCCAACCGACGACGCAAGAGACAACAUGCCGUGUCGAUGCAUGC